AUGGAAAGGCAUGAUGAGGCAUAUCAUGGGUGGGAGGACCAGCAAAUUGAGGGAUUGAACAUGGUCAUGAACAUUGAUAUAUCUAGUUCAGAUGAUAGUGUUGAAGGUUUGGGAAAUUUUGUUUCAGAAGAAGCUGAAGUUUCGUUGAUUGGAAUGUUUUUCGAAGAUGAAAAUCAAAUGUUCCAGUAUUACAAGAGACACAGGCAACGGACGGGAUUUCCUGUGAAAAAAAGGACUAUAAACAAGGAUAAGGAUGGAUUGGUUGAUUGUAAAGCUAGGUUAAGAGCCCGUUUAUCUAAAGAGGGUAAGUGGGAAAUUACAACUUUUAUCGAUGAGAAUAACCAUGUAAUGAGUCCAUCGAAGUCGAGGCAGCUGGAGAUUAAUGGCAUAGCUGGGAUUAGAGCCAAUAAAAGUCACAAUGCCCAGAAUGAUGAGUUUUUUUCACUAAUUGAUUGGGAUGAGAAAGGUAGGCUGAAAAAUGUUUUUGUAUAUGUAAGGAGUCGGGCAGCUUGUCGUGAAUUUGGGGAUGUCAUUACGUUCGAUACGACAUAUUUGACUAAUAAGUAUGACAUGCCAUUCACCCCAUUUGUUGGUGUCAAUCACCACGGGCAGUCAAUCUUAUUAGGGUGUGGGCUGAUUUCGAACGAAGACACGGACACUUUCAUAUGGUUAUUUCAGACUUGGCUCUCAUGUAUGCAUAAUGUUGGUCCUGCUGGGAUAAUAACUGACCAAGAUGAGGCUAUGAAAAAUGCAAUUGAAGUUGUGUUUCCUGCAACUAGGCAUAGAUUAUGUUUGUGGCACAUCAUAAAGAAGGUGCCUGAGAAGCUUGGUUCAUACAAGGAAUAUGCGAAUAUUAUUUAUGAUUUGGGUGUAGUUGUUUAUGAAUCGCAGAGCACGUAUGAGUUUGAAAGAUGCUGGGAAUCUAUGAUUGCUAAAUUUCAUUUGGCAGAUAAUGGUUGGUUGAAAACAAUGUAUGAUCUUAGAGAGAUAUGGGUUCCAAUAUAUGUGAAAAACUUUUUUUGGGCUGGUAUGUCAUCCACUCAGAGAAGCGAGGGUGUGAAUGCAUUUUUUGAUGGUUAUGUGAACUCAAAAACUACUCUUAGACAGUUUGCGGAGCAAUACAAUAUUGCAUUAAGGGACAAAGCUGAAAAGAAACAAAUUCGGAAUUUGUACACUCAAAACAAGUUCCAAGAGUUUCAAAAUGAGUUGACAGGGUUGAUUUAUUGUGGUAUUAAAUCUGUGGUUAACAAUGAAAAUCUGGCACAUUUUUAUGUUGAAGAGGAUGUAUUCUUUGGAGAAAAAGGAAGGAAGAAAGUUGAAUACAAUAUGUGCUAUGACAGAACUUCAUUGACUGUCUUUUGUACAUGCUGUAGGUUCGAGUUCAGGAGUAUAUUGUGCAGACAUGCUAUAACCGUGUUGAUUACAGGCGACCAACAAUGGUAUGAUAAAUUGUGUAACAUGUUCACAUAUCUGGCAGAUGACAGCGAACACAAUUUUAACUAUGUUGCGAACUUGAUUGAAGGUGCGAUGAGUAUUGUUAGUGCGUUGACCACUGCCACAACUGUUAGUGCAUUGAAUGUGGUUGGUUGCUCGAAUGAUCCGUUAAUUACAAGAGGCAAAGGACGUCCUCCAUCUGUGAGGAAGAAAAUGAUUUUCAAGAGGUCUGAUAGGAGCAACAAAAGAAGCAAUGAAGUGCUGUCAACAUGA